CUCUCUCGCUUCCUGGUAAAAUGGCUCCGUGGCUGCUGGCCGGGGAGUUGGUUUUGUACGCGGCGUGUUUUAUCUGCGGGAUCAUCACGGCCGCUUCGGUAACCAUAACGCAGGGGGAGUUCGCCGGGCGCUGCAUGCUGUACGGGGCCGCCAGCUACAACGCGACCUCCACGGAGUUCUCCGUGUCCUCUUCCAGCAACGCCUCUCUCUGCUACUUCGUCUCUGCCAUCUCCGUCCUGAUCUCCAUCUACUGCUUCUCUGUGGUGCUGUACUGGAUCUACGCCAGCUGUGUCGAUGAGGUCCAACGGGGCUCCGUGUGGAUGUCAGUCUCUCUCGCCAUCGCUGCCACAUUCCUGUUUUUCCUGCUUGUCACCGGCUGCAUCCUGAACAUCGGACUAAGCAGUCUGUGUCAGUCCGUCACUAAGGCUGAUGCUGUAAAGAGUUGUCAGGCAGCUCAGUCCUUGAUGUGGAGUGAAUCUCACAAAUCAUCUCCGUUCUACACCAGCCUCCACAAUGCACAGGUCUCUGCCUGGGUGAAUUUCUUUUUCUGGGUCGUGGCUCUGGUUCUGCUGAUCAUCCAGAAGAAGCGAGGGACGCAGUUCACACAGCUGACCGGCACAGGGGACCCCGAGACUGACCCCAUCUUCCACAGACCCCAGUGAGGGAGAGAGGAGGGGGGGGGGCAUGUGAAAGGUUACAAGUGUUAGCAAAACGUUUCGAGCUUAUCGCAUUGUACCCACGUGUGAUGCGAGACCUCUAAUAUAUAGGAGUCUAAGAGUGUGUGACAGAUGUUGGAGAUCAAAGUCGAGCUAGUUUAUCAGGACGGACGGACAGACAGACAGACGUGAUUGUCGUGCGAGGGUCCCUCCCAAAUUUUUCGAGCAAACUUUUCACUGGAGCAAAACGCUUUGUAAACGUAACCUUGUGGCUGUUUUUGCCUUGCCUGUGCUUGCCAAUAAACACAGCAAUCUAACACGUGUCACUUCUACCAAAUUAAUGGAGCAGGCCACCUGUUUAUUAUUAUUUUUUUUUUAAA